UUUCAAACUCAUUCGCCAGUAGCGGACUGGAGCUCUGUGCCUCUCUAAUUUCUAAAUCAGUAUGUUGCGAGUGCAGGAGUGAGUUAACGGGAGCAGCUGCUGAGAUGAAGCGUUGGAGCAGAGAGCAGAGGAGCAGUGGAUGUUUACGAGUCAGAUCUGCUGGAGGAGAGCAGAGGAGCAGAAGAGGGGGGCGGGCCAUGCUUCUGUGGAUUAUUCUCUGCAGCUCACAUUUAGUCUGUGUCUAUGGGCAGAUGAGCAUCCCACCGGAAAUUGUGCAGAAAUGGGCCGUGUCUUUUGGAAAGCAGCUAAAUGCCUUAUCCGCUCGAUACUCAGGAGCUCAACUGCUGCAGAAGAAAUAUAAGGACGUUGAGGGCACGGUGAAGAUGGAGGAGGUGGACGGGGAGGAGCUGGUCAAACAGUUCGCCGAAGAGAUGGAGGAAAUGCUCGGGAGGAAAAUGAAAUCUGUCAAGAGGUUGGCCGAGGCUGCAGAGGACGCUGAUUUGUACCAUGACUACAAUGACACUCUGGAGUUUGAAUACUACAACUCGAUGCUGAUAAACAAAUUCGAUGAAGAUGGAAACCCUUUGCCGCUCGGAGGAGAAUUUCCUUUGGAGGAAAAUGAACAUUUCAACAAACUCCCAGUGAAUGUGCAAACGAGCAACAUACAAGUCCCCACCAACGUCUACAACAGAGACCCGGACAUCGUGAAUGGAGUUUACAUGUCUGAAGUCCUUGAUGACGUUUUCAUCGAAAAUUUCCAGAAAGAUCCAACCCUCACCUGGCAGUACUUUGGGAGUGCGACAGGCUUCUUCAGACUGUACCCAGGUAUUCAGUGGAUCCCAGAUGAAAACGGUGUGGUGACGUUUGAUUGCAGAAACAGAAAUUGGUACAUCCAGGCAGCCACCUCUCCCAAAGACGUGGUGAUCGUGGUGGAUGUGAGCGGGAGCAUGAAGGGGCUCAGACUGACCAUCGCCAAACACACCAUCAACACCAUCCUGGACACGCUAGGAGAGAACGACUUUGUCAACAUUAUAGCCUACAGUGAUUAUGUGCGAUAUGUGGAGCCGUGUUUCAAAGGGACCCUGGUGCAGGCGGAUCUGGAUAACAGAGAGCAUUUCAAAAUUUUGGUCGAUGAGCUUCACGUCAAAGGCGAGGGCAAAGUCACCAAAGCCAUGAAGGAGUCGUUCAAGAUCCUUAACGAGGCCACAGCUUUGGGGCAGGGCAGUCUGUGUAACCAGGCCAUCAUGCUGAUCACUGACGGAGCCAUGGAGGAUUUUGAAGACGUGUUUGAGGAGUUUAACUGGCCUGAAAAACGAGUUCGUGUAUUCACGUAUCUCAUUGGAAGAGAAAUGACCUUUGCUGAAAAUGUUAAAUGGAUCGCCUGCAACAACAAAGGUUAUUACACUCAUGUCUCUACACUGGCUGAUGUCCAGGAGAAUGUGAUGGAGUAUCUGCACGUUCUGAGUCGACCAAUGGUGAUCAACCACGACCAUGACAUCAUCUGGACCGAGGCCUACAUGGACAGUGUGUUGUUCAACACUCAAGCACAGAGCCUGCUGCUGAUGACUUCAGUUGCGAUGCCUGUUUUUAGCAAGAAGAAAGAAACUUUGUCUCAUGGGAUUUUGCUCGGUGUGGUCGGAACCGAUGUGGCCCUCAAAGAGCUCAUGAGGCUCGCUUUGAGAUACAAGCUUGGAGUUCAUGGCUAUGCUUAUCUCAUCACUAAUAAUGGCUACAUCCUGUCUCACCCUGACCUCCGACCUCUGUAUAAAGAGGGAAAGAAACUGAAACCAAAGCCCAAUUAUAACAGUGUGGAUCUGUCGGAGGUGGAGUGGGAGGACACUGACCAACUGCUGAGGACGUCAAUGGUGAAAGGAGAAACUGGGACUUUAUCUUUAGAUGUGAGAGCUUCUGUGGAUAAAGGGCUAAGAGUGAUGUUUCUCAGGAAUAACUAUUACUACACAGUCAUCAAUGAAACUCCAUUUAGUUUGGGUGUAGUGUUGACUGAAGGAUAUGGAAAAUACAUGUUCUUGGGAAAUGUCUCCAUUGAAGAAGGCCUUCAUGACUUAAACGGCCCUGAUCUCACCAUCACCAAUGAGUGGACAUAUUGUGAGACAGACAUUGACCCUGCACAUCGUAAACUCACCCAGCUUCAGGCGGUGGUGCGAUACCUCACCGGGAAAGAGCCUGAUCUCGAAUGUGAUACCCUGUUGUUGUCGCAGACUCUGUUUGAUGCUGUCGUUACGGCUCCUAUGGAAGCCUAUUGGACCGCACUCAUGCUCAACGCCUCUGGCGUCGAUGACGGAGUAGAAACUGCUUUCCUGGGGACACGUUCAGGCCUAAUGAGAGUCCAGAGAUACACAGGGGUGGAAAACAGAGUGUCAAAGUCUUUCCUGACCUCAUCAGACAAAGAGAAUCUGUUCACGUUGGACCAGUUUCCCCUGUGGUACCGCCGAGCCGCUGAGAACCCUGCUGGACAGUUUGUGUACUACAUGCCCAGACAGGACUCCAGAGCUGGAAGAAUCGUCAUCUCCACCACCGCUGUGACUGUCGCCGUGGGGAAGAAAACCGCCAUCGCUGGAGCUGUUGGAGUUCAGAUGACGUUGGAUUCCCUUGAGGCACGAUUCUGGGCCAUUGCAGCUCAGCCAAACGACACAGAUUGCUCGGAUGCAGAUGGGCUUUGUCCACUACGCUGUGAUAGUGUGGAUAUUCAGUGCUACGUGAUUGACAAUAAUGGGUUUGUCCUCAUUUCAAAACAACGCAAUGAUGCUGGCAGAUUUUUGGGUGAGCUGGAUGGUUCAGUCAUGACCACGUUGAUUCGAAUGGGCAUGUUCAAAAGGGUCUCUCUGUUUGACUACCAGGCCAUGUGUAAGAUGCACUCACACUCAGUCAGCAGUGGGCGUCACCUCAUCAGUCCGCUCUACGGUUUGGCCUCUGCCCUAAAAUGGUUCCUGUCCAACUUCAUUCUGUUUCUUCUGGAGUUUAAUAUCUGCGGCCUGUGGCACUCGGAGCACUUUGCUGAAGCUUCGGUCCAUAAGAAAAAAGGGGAGAUCCUGCAGCCGUGCGAGACGGAGUACCCGAGCUUUGUGUACGAACCCUCCGUCAAAGAGACCAACAGCAUCAUCAAGUGUGGACGCUGCCAGAAGAUGUUUGUGGUACAGCAGGUCCCAGACACAAACCUGCUGAUGCUGGUGGUUCAGGCCGACUGCGACUGCUCCAGACAGUACUCGCCCAUCACCCUCAACCCUCAGGAAGUCAAAUAUAACUCCUCGUCUAAAUGCGACAGAAUGAGAUCUCAGAAGAUUCGCAGGCGCCCCGAGUCAUGCCACGCCUAUCACCCUCAGGAGAACGCAAACGACUGUGGAGGAGCUUCAUCCGUGUCUCUAUCUGCAUUCCUCUUUUUGCUUUGUCUCGUCACAUCGGCCCUCGACUCCUGAUAAAGGAUUGCUUCACAUUUCUUCAGACUUUUGAGAAAUGUUCCGAAAAACUCCUUCAAGGACCCCGCAUGAGGUUCAGAACAGCAUCCACA